AUGCCGAUGAUCUCCGUGGCGCCGCCGCCGGCCCUGGCCUUCCCGAGGCUGACGCUGACGAUGCCGCCGCCGUUGAUCGCGCUCCCGGACCGCGCCGACGCGCCGCGCCCGCCCCAGCCCCUCGUGGUCCGCCACGCCGCCGCCAAGCACAAGGCCGUCGUCGUCAUGGGCGCCACGGGCACCGGCAAGUCCCGCCUCGCCAUCGACCUCGCGCUGCGCUUCGGCGGCGAGGUCAUCAACUCGGACAAGAUGCAGGUCUACACCGGCCUCGACGUGGCCACGAACAAGGUGUCCCCCCGCGAGUGCGCCGGCGUGCCGCACCACCUGCUUGGCCUCGUCGACGACCCCGACCAGGACUUCUCCGCCGCCGACUUCCGCGGCGAGGCCACGCUCGCCGCGGGCUCCGCCUCGGCGCGCGGGUAUGUCCCCGUUGUUGCCGGCGGCUCUAACUCGUACGUUGAGGAGCUCGUGGAGGGCGACCGCCGCGCCUUCCGGGAGCGCUACGACUGCUGCUUCCUGUGGGUGGACGUGCAGCUCCCCGUGCUGCGCGACUUCGUGGCCCGCCGGGUCGACGACAUGUGCCGCCGCGGCCUCGUCGACGAGGUGGCCGCCGCCUUCGACCCGCGCCGCACAGACUACUCCCGCGGCGUCUGGCGCGCCAUCGGCGUCCCAGAGCUUGACGCCUAUCUUCGCUCCACCGGCGUCGGCGAGGACGAGCGCGCGCGCAUGCUCGCCGCCGCCGUCGACGAGAUCAAGGCGAACACGUCGCGCCUCGCGUGCCGCCAGCGCGGCAAGAUCCAGCGGCUGGCGCGCAUGUGGCGCGUCCGCCGCGUCGACGCCACCGAGGUGUUCCUGAAGAGCGGCGCCGCCGCCGACGAGGCGUGGCAGCGGCACGUCGCCGCGCCCUGCAUCGACGCCGUCCGGUCGUUCCUGCUCGAGGACCAAGAAUGCAGCAUGGUCGCCGCCGCCGGCAAUGCCUCCGUCUUCGCCUCCGCCGCCGGCAAUGCAUCCGUCUUCGCCUCCACCGCCGUCGCCUAGCUAAUCCAAACACACUCCCUACAUACGUACUUACCAAAACACAAGAAACAACCUGCACGAACGAACGCUUCCCGAACUAGCUUCGGCGCCAGCUCCACAGCCCAACCGCCAUUGACGGUCGACCCGGAGCUCGACCGCGAGCUGAGCAAAGGUAGUAAGUACGGCUACGGUCAAGCUCUCGAUGACUCGCAGCGACGACGCAGAGAGUGAUCAGCUUGUUCGCGCACAAGCUGACCGAUCGAUGGACUCUGCUUCAUUUUCACUUCUUUUUUUAUUCUAGAUAACCAGAAUGAUGGAGAUCGAGAUCGAGAUCGAGCGUGGGACUCGAGAGUUUUGAGGUUUUUACCCCGAGAAUUAACCCCGCGGUUAAUUGGGGUGGCCGAUGUAACAGGCUCUUGCUGUAAUAUAGAGAGAUGUUGUCAAAACAAAUGGAUGAGUCCAUGGCUUGGAAUAUUUACCUGGUCGUCUCCGUCGUAAUCCCAGAUUAAUUUUCGGUCUCCACUCAGCUCAGUUAUCAAGAAUCUCACUCACUUGCUGCCGCACUUGCAGCAUUUUUAUUGGCAGCAUUCUUAACUGAAUCACUUUGCUCCACCAAUCGCCUGCAUCUCCGAAUGCAGAGUGGCUUCUUCUAUCAGGGACGAAGCUAGGAAAAAAAUAAUCCCCAUGGGGUCAGCUCUAUGUUAUCUCUAAUUCAACGUGUCAUCUUGCUAAACUAAAUACCUCUGUUUCAUAAUUCUAGUCAUGGUUUUAGUUCAAAUCA